GUGUCAUAAGACCUUCGCCAUUAGUGGAGUUUUAACGCAAUCAUCACGAACKUAUAUUAAACCUGAAGAAUCACGAUUAYAAACAUUCUAUUUUGCCCAAGUGUCGCUUCCAAAACGUUCAAGAAUCAUGAAGGUCCAAUAUGCCGUUCCUAUAAUAGCGAGCUUGCAAAUUGUUUUCGUUGAAAGUCAAUCUCACUGCAUUGGCACCUGCUAUUCUGGACGACUUUUCCCAGAGUCCCAGGACAUCUUCCAUGGAAAACAUCUCAAAGGAUACUCAUACAACAACAUCACCACUGAUGAUCCAGUCAAGUGUUACCGUCAUUGUGUCCAAGAUUGUCGUUGUAAGGCGUGUCAGAUGAAAGAUGCAAGAUGUGAGUUGCUGGAUGAGGACAAGACUUCCAAGGCUGACAAUUUUACAGCUGAGUCAGGAUACGUGUACUUUGAUCUUAAACAGACACUGUACCAAGGGAAAUCUGACAUUGUACAACCAGGUGUGUGCUAUAAUGGAUGCUGUCGAUCUCAACCCUGCAGGAACGGAGGGACAUGCGUAGAACACUGCAUCAGUCCAAAAAAGAAAUUCUCCUGCACGUGUCCGCUGAACUACCACGGCAUUGUGUGUGACAAAGAACACGUGAUCACCUCGUGCCUUGAUGUAUUGAGAUAUCAUACGCCAAAAGGCAGCCAUCCAGUUAACGGAAAAUACUACUUGCACCUUCAGGGUUUGAUAAACCGUCAAGUGUUUUGUGCAUUUGAGUCUCAAAACAGGGCCUGGACCCUCGUAGAGUCUUUUUCCAUUUCCAAAGUUGCCAUCUAUCGUAAAAUAGCUUUUCAUCAGGGCGGAAUGAUUUUUCGAAAUUUUGAAAAUCCAAACUGGCAUGACUAUCGCCAUGGCCGGUCCUUCAUUAACUACGUUCGACCAAAGUCCACUAUGUUUCGAGUCACGUGUGACUUUCCUCGCAGAUCCUCAUUGGUUCCUGACUAUCUCUUUGGUUACCUGCGUGACUAUGACAUCAUUGACCAUGGUGACGUAGAUGGUGAAUGUUUUAACUUUGCUCGCAUUAACAUCAGAGGCAAAGACUUUUUUAACCAGAGUGCACAGGUUUGGCAAAAAGCUGGACAACGCCAUUUCCAUAUUGACUGUGUUGGAUCGAGGGAUUGUGGUUUGACUGGUGCUGGCUGCAUCGAUGGCGAAGAUAAUUUCGGUUACUAUCACCCCGUUAUUAACACAACAAAAUGCACCGAAAAAGAGAACUCGACUACUCAAUUCUGGUUAGGGGAAGAAAUGUAAAAUACUGAACCAAAAAAUGAAACCAUGAUUAACACGAUUGGCUACUCAGAAAAAGAAUCGAACCAACUGAUUCUUAAAGUGGGCGAACAGAAAUUUGUAGAUAUUGUUUUCUUAGGCCUCACUACAGCAUCAGCACAUCUUGAAUUAUUCACGAAUUUUAUUGUAAAGACAUUAAUAGAACUUGUCAUGACGUUCCUGACGUUGAGCUUUGAGAAAAGCAAACUAUUCUAUUGGAUAUCAAAAUAUUAAAAUCAAUGUAUGUAUAUUACUACACCAAAAUUUCACAAUUAAA